AUGGUUCAAUUUUAUAUCAAUAUUUCUCGUGAGGGUUUUUUUUAGCAGUGAGAGAAAACCGGAGGACCCACAGAAAACCCACGAGGUUUGGGCGUUUGACAGGCGAUCCUAGUCCUUGUCACGUACAACUGGGGAAUCGAAACCAUGCCAUUUGACUAAAUGACAGGCCUAUGAUACAUCGCGCACGUGCUAAUCAUUCGGCCAUCCAACCACCCAAGUGAACAAGAGUUAUGUAAACAGUUUUAAAAGGUAACAUCCACAGGCGAUAUACAAUCAAUUAACAUCCAAAUGUCCUCUACCGACUGGGUUUACAUCCACAGUAAUGUGACCUUGAUAUUCACCCCACCAGAACUACUAUAGCCAAGGACCCUUUCCCGGUCAACAGCGGGAUCGAAUACUGGACCAUGCAGUUUUAAAAAAUGAUCUACACCAGUUCAUGAUAAAAGAUAGCAGAUCAUGGGGAACAUAGCGGGUUUGUUUAAUCGCAAUAAAGAUUACCAUACAUGGAAAAUACAAAAUAGAGAAACUGCAUCCAAUGCUGUGUAUUCGUAUGUCAAUUUAGAUGGCACGGGGAUAUUGCUGGAUCUGUUGCGAGAUGAGAAUGGACAGAAGAAAGUUAGAGAUAUGAUCGCUAAAGAAAUAACAUCGGGAUAUAUUACUGGCGAAGAUGAAGAACAGAUUGAAGAACAGAGAAAACUCGGUAGAUUCCGGGUUAUGUCGAGAGCUAUCCAGAGAUCAGUAUCGGCAUUAUCGCUCUCAAGGAAACUCAACGUUGAAGUCACAGCAAAUCAAAUAAAGCCACAAUGUUGGAAGGAAAAUAAACGUGGAGGCGUCGGUGAAACAUCUUUCCACCUGUGUUUCCUGAAAGGUACACCAGAACACCUGGAAAUUGCUAGAAUAUUCCUGGAAGUCCAUCCGUCUAUGGCUAAUGAUGUAUACCUUGGUGACGAGUACCUAGGUGAGGGUGGUUUACAUCUAGCUAUAGCUAAAGGUAAUCUAAAAGCUGUACAGCUGUUGGUGGAGAAUGGUGCUGAUGUCAAUCAGAGAGCCACCGGUCAGUUCUUUCAACCAGAAGAUGUGAAGCACGGCAAAGACAGAAAACAGACAAACUAUGAAGGUUAUGCGUACUAUGGAGAAUAUCCCCUGUCGUUUGCUGCGUGUUUUCAGCAUACAGAUAUUUAUGAUUAUUUAAUAGAGCAUGGUGCCGACCCUAAUAAUAAAGAUGAGUUUGGUAAUACAGUUUUACAUAUGGCUGUUAUACAUAACCAAUCGAAAAUCUACAGACAUGCUGUUAAGCAUCCGUUUCAAAAAGCCGUUGAAUCUAAAAACAAAGCUGAGUUAACCCCUUUAACACUUGCCAGUAAAUUAGGCCGACCUGAAAUAUUCCAGGAAAUGUUGGAGUUAAGUAGUACGCGAAAGUGGAAGUAUGGUAACAUCUCCUGUUCACAGUAUCCAUUAGAAGCUCUUGACUCUAUUGAUUCCGACGGCAAAACUGAUUGGGAGUCGGCAUUGAUGACUAUAUUAGAUGGAGAAACAGAUGAACACGCCGAGAUGUUGGAAGGUCCAGUGAUGUCCCAGUUAUUGAGAGAGAAAUGGAAAACCUAUGCCAAGAAACGGUUUAGGGUGAGAAUGAGUAUAGCUGUGAUACAUCUGAUAACAAUAACUGGGGCUGUUUAUACACGACCUGAUCAUGAUGAUCUACUGAAUCUCUCAGGAUCGACCAAUCUGAUUCGUCUUAUAGCAGAGUGCAUCAUGUGUACAAUGUGUGUAUUUAAUCUGGUGAUGGAAGUGAAAGUUAUAGUGGACUUAGGUUUACGUCCUUAUAUCAGAAAUUGUAAAUAUGCUCCAGACAAUACAAUCUAUACCCUGUCUUGUGUUCUGAUAUUAAUUUGUAUACCACUGAGAUUUACCAGAUCAGUAGAUGCUGAAGAAAGAUUACUCAUCAUCGCUGUACCAGGGACAUUCUGUAUUCUUCUCUUCUUUGCUAGAGGAUCGACAAUAACUGGACCGUUUGUUGUGAUGGUUUAUAGGAUGUUGACCAGGGAUAUGGUGCGAUUUGGUAUCGUUUACAUCUUCUUCUGUGUCGGAUUUUGUCUAGGAUUUUCUCUGCUGUAUCGUGAUAUUGAGGACCAGUCAAUCAGCCAAAUAGACUUCACGGAGGAUAAACAGUUCGCUAUAGAAAGAUUUUCUACGUGGUAUGAAACCGUAAUGACCUUGUUUCAGAUGACGUUUGGGGAAUUCCAGUACGAAAUAUUUAAUGAAGCUCGAAGCCCAGAAAUAACGAAGCUGAUAUUUACAGCAUUUAUAAUAUUAGUGCCUAUAUUACUGUUAAAUAUGUUGAUUGCUAUGAUGGGUAAUACAUAUCAUAAUAUCAGAGUUAAGUCAGAGAAAGAAUGGAGAAAACAGAGAGCUAAGAUUAUUAUCGUAUUAGAACGCAGUUUUUCUGGAGCUCAGUUAUUGGCGAAUAGAGACGAGUAUUCUGAUGGGUGUGGUUCAUUGGUGGUCAUACGAUCUGGAAAAGAUACCAUCGAAAAUGAGAGUAAAACCACCACUGACCAAGACAUCAACAGAUACAGGCAGCACGAUUACAGCAAAAACAAGAACAGAAAAACUAUCAGGGAGAAACCACUCGUUAACAAUUACUGGAACGAAAACACAUAUGGUAUAAAUUUCAGUAAAAACUAUAUGCGAUGGUCAUUAGUUUAAGAAUGAAAUGACAAUUUUUCUGACAAUUGGUGUAUAAAAUAUAGUUACAAACAUUUAUAAAUGGCUGUAUUAUUGUUGUAUUACAAAUAUUACUAAACAAACCCAUAAAGCAAAGCAAUAGCAUCUGUGACUAAUGUACUCAAGUAAAUUAUCAUCUUCCAAAAUUUCCA